UGUUUCUCGCUAAUUUUUUCUCACCGGUCUCGUUCACUAUCUCGUUUCUGUUGUCGUGGAGGCGAAACACGUCCAUGUCUGUAUAGAUAAGCUUUUUUUCAUUCAUUUUUUCCUCUGCCGUUUGUAAUACGCGCGGUGUGUUCAGCAUACAUUAGGUAUAUGAAGCCGAGCAAGGUCCCCCUUCAGUUGCGGCUUGGGUUCCAGGAGGGUACACCCAUGAUCGAGUCCGGAUCAGGACCAAGUGUCGUUGUCGUCGCUGCUUCUGCUGCCGCUGCUGCCACCACCAGGCUCAGGGGGAUGUUCCCUGUCGUAGACCUGCCCCACGCUUCCCCGAUGCUGGGACGGGCCGGCUCAGCCAAGGGCUCGGACAUCGAGACCAGCGUGUGGACCUCGACUGAGAUACCGGCCGAUGUCAGCUUUGGCCCGUUUGAUGGAGAGUUCCGCCUGGGUGCCGCCAUGAAGGACUGCCGGGACAGCCCAUACAUGCUAGAGGUCAAAUACUCUGAAGGUCGGCUGGUCAGCGGCCCUGACUCCCAUCCCACCCGCUGGAUGAGAUUUGUCGCCGCGGCGCACGACGACCACGAACAGAACCUUUCGGCUGUUCGUUCGCCAGAGGGGCGGGUGAUGUUCCGAACUAAUCGCAGCAUCCUACGAGGGGAAGAACUCCUGGUCUGGUACACCAACGCAUUUGCCGAGUACCUGGGAAUGCCUUUAGCAGUCAACCACUACCGAGGUAAAGACGGGUUCAGUUGUCCAAAGUGCCCGAAGAUCUACCGGUAUCCGAACACCCUGAAGUCUCAUCUUCACUUCCGGUGUACCGGAGCGUCGGCAGUUUGUGAGAGUAGCGCCCCCUCGUGCCGGUCAAGCUCCAGCAAGGAGGAGCGUAGCCUCUGCGCCGGGAGUGCCUUCCACCGGAUCGUGUCGACCUCGUCUUCGUCGGGAGCUGGGGAGUCUGUUCCCUCAUCGCCGCGGGUCACCAGCGCAAACGGCCACCACCAGCACCACACUUCCCAUCAUUCUAAUUCACACGGGGUACCAGCUGAGGCCAGCCGGACGGCCAUGAUGGAUAUCUACAGCUUGGCCCGUAGUGCCCUCAGCGUCGGGGCCGGGCGCAAGAUGCACCAGCCGGCCGGCCUGAUAGGUGAUGGUGCAGGGUCGGCUUUCAGGCCGCACAAUCCAAGGCUUCAACCGACAGAUGCAGGGGUCCCGCAUCAGAAAGAGAAGGAGGGGUUCCGUGUGGUCCGCAGCAGCAAAGACUCCCACGGCCUGUCGCUGCUUCCUACUUCUUCAUCUUCCUCCACUUCCCCGUCUUCUUCCUCCACAUCCAGGCACGGACAAGGUGAACGCAAAGCGUCCUUCACCGUGGAAAAAAUGUUCGGUCUGCCGCGACCGGCAAGCCCGCAACUCGCCCACCACAAUUCCGCCAUUGAGGACUCACUGCUGCAGCAGCGGCAGAAGGCGUUGGAGAGAAACUGUUUACCCGCAGGCUACCAACCUUGCCCGGUUUCCGCACACCACCAUCAUCACCACGGCGACACACCAGUGGCGAUCGGUCCCCUACACCGUUCGCUGGACCCCUACGCUGGUUUUCCGUACCCGUUCUACCACCAUCAUCACCACAGCCAACCGGGACUGCAUCCUGGCCUAUCCCGCUAUGGAACUGUCCUACCAGUCCACACUAACGGUGAACUGUACGGUUCGAGUGGCCCAUGCUUCUCCUACAAACUUCCUUUCCCUGCCGGUUUGUUGCGCUACCCUGACCCAACGGCCCCACUUGUUGCGUCCGCUGCCAGUGACGUCAUGGAAUUGAACAAGUAUGCUAAUCUUGAGCGCAGCCUGACCAAUCAGGGGGUGACUGGCUUUCACGACCCCCAACUAUUCGCCAAUCACCACCCAGCCCCAAACGGCAAGGCCAAGCGGGGCCACUUGUGUAUAUACUGUGGCAAGCUGUACUCGCGUAAGUACGGACUCAAGAUUCACCUGAGGACGCACACGGGCUACAAACCCCUGAAGUGCAAGGUUUGCCUGCGACCGUUCGGCGACCCCAGCAACCUCAAUAAGCACAUCCGACUUCACGCAGAAGGGGAGACACCAUACCGCUGUCAGUACUGCGGAAAGGUGCUCGUCCGACGCCGGGACCUGGACCGGCAUAUACGGUCACGGCACCCCAACGAGCACGAGAAAUCGGAUCAAGAGGCGGCGAGCUCUGGCCUGGUCAGAACGUCCCCUCCACCCACCAAGGCGGCAAUAGAAGGGGCUAUCAAAACCCCGGAAUACGGUGUGGAGAACCCAAUGUCAUCGCCGGACCCAGUGGACAAUGAUGACGAAGAUGACGAAGAAGUUGAAGACGGUGACGACGAACAGGAAAUGGACGACGACAUGCAGCCCGAAAUCGAUGUGUGAUGACAAUUUUGCAGUACUUCUGAAGCACCCAAAAUGACAGCCUUAUGAUGAUAUUUUUCCAGCCAAAGGCACAUUACUAUAAAUUGUAUCCCUCUCUUAGUUCCUUUGAGGUAGAAUUAUCAUCUCUUGGUCGAAAUUCAAAGCAAAUUACACCCUUAAAUGUUCCUGCAAAAUUUUGAGUUGUUACCCAAUCAUGCAGUAUCUUUCAUUUGAGAUUCUCAGUAAGGUUACUUUAAAGCUAAAGAAGAUGUUUUGUUCCUGAGCAAGCUCUUUGCAGUGACUCAGUGUGAACUGUAUCUUACAAGUUUGUCUUUUCUACGAUCUUCUUUCAGUAACAUGGGUCUCAGAGAAAAGUACUUAUUGAUUGGAGGCACAAUAUAACUCAGGGAUACCCACCAUCCAAGAGGAAUUGAAUUCAGCGCCAUUCUUCUAAAGUGGUAUUGACUAAACAUGUUCCACUGGUUCAAACCAGUCUCGCGUUUUAUGGCUUGUGUUUACUACAGUACUGUGGUCGGGGAAAGUCUAUAUUGGCCACCAGUAUGUAGGUCUUUGGGAACUUUGGGGAAAGAAAAAUUAAAAAAUGAAGUUCACCUUGUGAGUAAAAACAAAGUGGCAUUAAUUGUGAGUUAGCCCUUCACAACCGUUGAAAACAGCUUUUCUGACCAACGAGGAGGGAGCUAGGCAACUUUAUCAAAUAGUGUUGACAUGCAUAGCUUUCACAAAGCGCAUUAUCUUUGACAGUCGCAAGAGCUUUGUUCCCUGAGCAAGUGCAGAAAACGUCGCUCGGUAAUCAUGAAACAUCUGAUGCAUCUUAAUUUAGAUAGCGCAAUUCAGAGUCCUACCAAUAAAAGAAAAACUGAGCAAGAAUCAUUCUAAUCAGAACAGAUAGAAUUCAUAUUCAAUGUGCAAUAGUACUACAUGUAUUUAUUUUAAAAAAUAGUUCUCCAGAAUUGAAUUGCCGCGAAAUUGAUGCUUGGUUUGUUAUUUUCCAGUGUGAAUAAAAUUCUCUACUUACAAUUCUGAUAUUUAUUUGGUUCGCUAUUAUGUAAUUUAAUAUGAAUGUAAUUUUGCUUUAAUUAGAUUUAGCCUUUCGUAAUAAAGCUAAGCUACAGGUUGCUUAACUGAAAGAAUGAAAUUGAUCUUCAAUUAAUAUACACUGAGCGAAUAGUCGUAGUAAAUAGGUAUCUUUGGAAUACAGAGCGCUGUUACUAUUUAUUAAAAAUCGCUUGAAAUCACGGGUGAUCAUACGUAAUCAAUUUUGUACAAUUUGGUAUCAUUUUUUAAAGAAAUCAGUGUUGGCGCCCUAUUGUGUUUGGCAGUGCCAUUUCUUUCGCCCGUAUAAAGGAGAUUGCUGCCGGCUACACUGCUUAUGCACCUAAAUAAUGGUGUUGUAAAUGAUCUUUUGAAAAAAAAAUAUAUUCGUAAGAAGGCUCAACAAAUAAAAUGCAUUCCAUUUGAAAGAGAAAGAAGGCACCGUGGGAUUAACAUUUGCUCUUUGUCCAUCUUUCUUGUGUUAAUUAAGGUCUGUUUAUUAGAUAGACAGACCAGUCACACAGCAAGCAGUUAUGCAGGGUGCAAUAUUUUUGCUUACACAACAUAUUGGGCAUACUACGUUCUUUCCUAUGGGAAUAUGGCUACUGCGAGACCGAUAGGAGACUAGUCCACACGCCUCGUGGAAGAAGUUAACCCCCCCCCCGGUUGGAAUUUCGAUCUACCCUUUGAAAUAAAAAGAUUAUAGCCUCCAGUUAAGUGUGCUUAUCCCAGCUAGUUGUGUAUAACAAUUUUGCGUUCAGGGAAAUGGCGUAUCCAGAGGACGGCAGGGGGAACCUGCCCCCCUGACGGACUUUUUAAACUUUGAUUUUUAUUUAAAU